GCACAAGUUAACCACAGCAGCUAGUGAAAUUACUAGCACCCGCCACUGCAUCCAACCAUCCAGUCCAGCUUAAUUAGCUCACGGUGCCAUGGCCCCGGCGAUUGCCAAGUCUCUUCUCAGCGAUCUUGUGGCACAGUCAGGUCAUGUCCCGUUGAGCCACGUUAGACCUGUCGGCGACCGCCCGGACCUCGCUAAUGUCGACAACGAGUCCGGUGCCGGCAUCCCGCUCAUCGACCUCAAAAAGCUCAACGGGCCGGAGCGCCGUAAGGUCGUGGAGGCCAUCGGCAGGGCCUGCGAGUCCGACGGAUUUUUCAUGGUGACGAACCACGGCAUCCCAAAGGAGGUCGUCGAGGGGAUGCUACGCGUGGCGAGGGAGUUCUUCCACCUGCCAGAGUCGGAGCGGCUCAAGUACUACUCCGACGACCCCAAGAAGGCGAUCCGGCUGUCCACGAGCUUCAACGUGCGCACCGAGAAGGUGAGCAACUGGCGCGACUUCCUGCGCUUGCAUUGCUAUCCUCUGGAGAGCUUCAUCGACCAGUGGCCGUCCAACCCGCCCUCCUUCAGACAAGUGGUGGGCACCUACUCCAAGGAAGCGAGAGCGCUCGCGCUUCGGCUGCUGGAGGCGAUAUCGGAGAGCCUGGGGCUCGAGCGGAGCCACAUGGUGACGGCCAUGGGGAGGCACGCGCAGCACAUGGCAGUGAACUACUACCCGCCAUGCCAGCAGCCGGAGCUCACCUACGGGCUUCCUGGGCACAAGGACCCCAAUGCCAUCACACUGCUGCUCCAGGACGGCGUGUCCGGCCUGCAGGUGCAGCGCAACGGCCGCUGGGUGGCCGUGAACCCCGUGCCCAACGCGCUGGUCAUCAACAUCGGAGACCAACUGCAGGCGCUGAGUAACGAUCGCUACAAGAGCGUGCUGCACCGCGUGAUCGUGAACAGCGAAAGCGAGCGGAUCUCGGUGCCGACGUUCUAUUGCCCGUCCCAGGACGCGGUGAUCGCGCCGACCACCGCGCCGGGGGACGACGGCCACCCUCUGGCCUACCGGCCCUUCACCUACCAGGAGUACUACGACGAGUUCUGGAACAUGGGCCUCAAGUCGGCCAGUUGCCUCGACCGGUUCAGACCCCAGUGAUCGACUGAACGCCGGCUACGAAUACAGAACACGCAGAAUGUUUAUGUUGGAUAUUCUAUUAUCAUUUGUCAUUUAUUAGCCUUUUAUUCACGGCCUACAGCUGAAACUAUAUAAUAAUAGAUGGUUAUGUGUAUGACUUAUACAGAAAUCAAAAUAAUAAAA